AUGUUCCAACCGCUGCUAAUAUUGUGUGUAACUUUUACUCUUCCCUCUAUUUAUUUAGCAUCAACAAGUACUAGCGGUUCACUCGAAUUAGAUGAAUUUACUUUUGAUAAAGUUGUGAAUAAAUUUGAGACGGUUGUAGUAAAAUUUGACGUUGCAUAUCCAUAUGGAGAUCAGCACGAUGCGUUUUUAACAGUCGCAAAAGAAACCAAAGAUAAUGACAACUUAUUGUUUGCUGAAGUUGGAGUUAAAGAUUAUGGCGAAAAAGAUAAUGAAGCCCUUGCAGCCAGGUUUGGUGCUACAAAAGAUAACUUUCCAGUAGUUAAAUUAUUUAUAAAGGGAGAAAAGGAUCCUAUUACCUAUGAUGGGCCGAAGACAUUAACUAGUGACUUAUUGCGACAAUUUAUCCGCGAUAAUAGCAAUGUAUAUUUAAGCCUACCUGGCUGCAUUAAAGAACUUGAUGAGUUAGCUACUAAAUUUAUGAGCUCAGAUAAAGAAAAUAGAAAAAAUGUACUUCAAGAAACAAAAAAGUAUCUAGAAGAGAUAGUGAGCAAGGAUAAUAAACAUUCUAUCAAUGGCAAGACAUACUUAACUAUAAUGGAGAAGAUUCUAGAAAAAGGUGAUGACUUUAUCCAGACUGAAACUGCAAGAGUUAAUAAAUUAUUAGAUGGCAAAGUUUCUAAAGAAAAGAAACAAAUAUUAAACUUUAAAGUAAAUAUUCUUCAAUCUUUUAAACAUGCUUUAAAUGAAAUUAAAAAAGAAGAAUUA